AUGAAGCGUCUGGCGCUCUGUUUGACGUGGCUCCUGAUGGGGAAUGUUCAGGUCUUUGCUUUCCCCCUCAAAAUAAGGAGAGACCUCUUCUCCGUCAAGGAGGUGCUUCUCAACAUGGCCGCGGCGUCCUUCGAUGACCAGUACAAGGGUUGCGUGGAGUUGAUGGAAGCAGAACUGGUGGAGCUGAACCGCACAGAGUUUGCCACCAACAGAGUCUACGCCGACGCCUGGGCAGAGGCGGCCUCCAUGUGGAAGGAGAGGAAGGCCUCUUUCUCAGAGUCCUCCACCCUCAAACCAGAGCACGCCAUCGCCCUCAUGGCCUACACGGUCCAAGGCCGCUUCCACAAGGACUUCAACACAGCCGUGAGGGACGCUGGGCGCACCAGGGACAGCUACCUCAACCACUUCCAUUUCAAGGCCUUCCACUUUCUCCUCACCCGAGCCCUCCACCAACUGGGCAUCACCGCCGCGCCCCGGUGCCAGAAGGUGUAUCGGGGCGUCAGAAACGUCCGCUUCGCUUCCGAGCGCGCCAAACUGGUCCGCUUUGGGCAAUUCACCUCGUCCUCGCGGAGCAACGAGAGCGCUCUGCGCUUCGGCACCGACAGCUUCUUCACCAUCGAGACCUGCUACGGGGUCAACAUCAAGAACUAUUCGUUCUUCCCGGGUGAGGAAGAGGUCCUCAUCCCUCCCUUUGAGAAGUUCAAGGUGGUCAACUUCACCAAGGGCCAAGAGACCAACUUCAUCCAUCUUCUCUCGCUGGAAGACGACAGCAACUACAACUGCGUGUUUGUGAAAGAGAAAAAGUGCCAGAUGCGGAAAUGCCUCUUCAGGUCAGGUGAGUGA